GUCUGGUUUCGCUAUAAAAGUUGCAGGUCGACCCAAUCCAGUCAUAGUCCAAUUUGCUAGCUCAAAUCAAACUAAUCCAAAACCAACAUGUUCAAGCUGUCUGCCCUCGUUGUCCUGUGCGCCCUGGUGGCCUGCUCCUCGGCCGAGCCCAAGCCAGCUGUUCUGGCCGCCGCCCCUGUGGUUGCUGCUGCCCCAGCUGGUGUGGUUACCGCCACCAGCUCCCAGUACGUGGCACGUAACUUCAAUGGAGUCGCCGCUGCCCCGGUUGUAGCCGCCGCCUACACUGCCCCCGUUGCCGCUGCCUACACCGCCCCCGUUGCCGCCGCUGCUUACACCGCCCCAGUGGCUGCCGCUUACCCCGCCCCUGUGGCUGCUGCCUACUCGGCUUACCCCUAUGCUGCCUACCCCUACACCGCUAGCUACACCACUGUCUUGUAAAGGGGAUACCAACGAAAAGGAC